UAACCUCAGAGAGAGAGAAAGCAAAAAAAAAGGUUACAUCUAUGGGACGUGGGGAAGGAGGUGUGGCAGUGUAGUGGGUUGUAUAAAGGAGCUGGUUCUGUUGCACAGUGUGAGCUGGGGUCCAAGGUCCAACCGACAUGCAGGUCAAAAUGAGGGGUCUUGGUUAUUGUGCGCUCAUAUUCGCUCUUCUGUUGAUCUGCUCAGUCCAGGCUGGGAAAAAACGGAAAGCCCUCAAAUCUCGUGGUACCGACUGCACACAGAUCCGAAGUCUGUUUCCAGAUGCCCCCAGUGGAGUCUACGUAAUCCAGCCUAAGGGAGUCAAUACCAGCUUCAAGGUGUACUGUGAGAUGAACUCAGGUGGAGGCUGGACGGUGUUUCAGAGGCGCAGUGGAGGCUCUGUGUCUUUCGACAGAAAAUGGGCAGCAUAUAAGAAUGGAUUUGGAAACCUGACACAGGAUCACUGGCUGGGUCUGAGGAAGGUUUUCGCAUUGACAAAGAACCAAUCCAAGAAGUGGAUCUUGAGGGUGGACCUGUGGGACCACGAAAGUGGCACUGCUUUUGCCGAGUACAAGAACUUCAGACUGGGAAAUGAGAAAACAGCUUUCAAACUCCACGUUGGGAAAUACAGCGGAGAUGCAGGUGACGCCAUCCGUGGAGCCUAUCAGGGUAUUGACCAGAACGGCUACGGCUUCAGCACCAUCGACCGCGACAAUGACGGCUGCUCCCCGUGCCUCUUCGGAGACAUUGCUGAAACAAAGUGCUCCCUUUCGGAAGGAGGCGGUUGGUGGUACAGCCGGUGCGGCUCUGCCAGUCUCAACGGUCACUGGCACCCUUCUGGAGAACACCUCGGCUGGGCUUCUGGUCUCCACUGGCUCACCUGGAAACCGCCCGCCCCUUACUCAGCCAAAGCCACAAGAAUGAUGAUCAAGUCCAUGUGAGGGAGAAUGAAGGAUUCCAACCAAGUUCAAACCAGUUGUUUACAUACACUGCAUAAAAAGACAUGACCUUUUUUUUUUUUUACCCCUUACUGACUGAACAGACAAAACUUCAUUUUUUUAGGUCAAUUAGAAUUACUGAAGUUAUUUUAAUUUAUUAAAUGAGACAGAUUUUAAAGUUUUCAAUUAUUUCCCCAAUUGGCACAAUGGCCUUCUAGCUGAAUAAUGGUUCAUGUUAUAGGUAUCCUUCCACAAGUUUCUUCCAAUUGUAAGAAACUGUCUUCCUGAAGACAGAAAACUGAUGACGCUCAAGUCAAGUUUUCUCACACAAACCUUUUUACCUUUGGAUGCCAUUUUUGAAAUCUUUUUAUUGUCUAUAGAGACUUACUGUAGACUGAGGUGUUGCGAUGGCUUCUCAGAAAUAUUGACUUUUCUGUCUUCCAAACAGACAAUGAGGGUCUAUUUGGAGGUUUAACUCCCUGGCUGAUGCCUCGAUAUGUUGCUUCAAUAUUUCAUAUAUUUUGUGAAUCCACCAGUCGCUUUUGUAGCAAAAUAUCCCCACCACAUGACACUUCCACCCCCAUACUUCUCUACUAGGACAUUUCUUGGGCUUCUCAGCGUCUUCAGUUGUUGUCUCAAAAAUGAUGGCCACAGUUACAAAGUCAUAGCGCCACCAUCUGGGUUUAAAGGUUUUGCAGUCUGGACUUUAGUAAAACAGGAAAUGUCUUAGUAGUCUUGACUGACCUAGAACAGGAAACGCUUAUUCCGGUUUACUAUCAGACAGUAAGAAAUAAAAAAGAUUGCGUGUCUUUUUAUGCAACUAAAUGUCAGGUUUAAACUCCUGGUUACUUCUGACCUUCAACCGUGUUUUCCAGAGAUGCUUCAAUAUGCUUAAGAAAAAGUAUAACAAGUCCUUUAUUUGGAGCGUGUCCCUACAUACAACGUAUCUGCUGCUUGUGAUGUACACCUCUAUUUCAAAUCUAGCUGUUAUUGGUUCUCAUAUAGUACAUUACUGGUCUUUGCACAGAGAAUGCACUCAUCGUAACAAGCCAUGCUUUUAUUGUAGGAAAUAUAAACUUUUGCAAGUACGCCCUUUUCUUUCACCUUCCUAUUGUGUCAAAUUUUUAUAACGCUGCAUUUUACUACAAAAACAUUUUACUACAUUUUACUACAUGUGGCCAAUCUGGCUGUAAAUUGUUUAAUGCCAAUUUCAUAGUUACAAAUUUGUGUAAAACUGACCAGGGCCUCUUUUUUUGUAGAGUUUGCAUGUUUUCCUGUGCACACAUUGGUUUGUCUCCCACAGUCCAAAUAAAAUGCAUGUUAUACCAUAAA